AUGUUGUUAGAUGUUAGUGUAGCAAUAAACUCAUCCAGCCAAAAACAACGUUUUAAAGUUAAACUUGAUGAAUCAAGCCAACAAAAGAGUAUUCAGGACAAACCUGCAGAAUUAUCUGGUGACAUGAAAAAGUUGAACAUUGAAGAGAAAGGAUAUCAAAAGGACACAGUCAGUAGAGCAAGCGAUAAAGAAUCGUCAAGUGAUGAAGAAAUUACACAUGAGAGCUUGAAUACAGAAUCUGAAUCACGUAAAGGGAAUGAAGCUGCUGCCUUUCUGGAAAAAGAAAGAAUGAUUGAAGACCAACAAAAUAUUCCUAAAGAAUCAGAAAUAUCAGGAAUUUUACGAGUCUCCAAAGAUGCAUCGGAUGAUCCAGAGAAAAAAAUUACUAUGAUAGACUUUGCGGGACAGUGUUCAUAUUAUUCCUCACAUCAGAUUUUUUUGAGUCCAAGGGCAUUCUUCAUCCUAGUGCUUAAUAUGAAGAAGAAAUUACUUGAAAAGGUUGGAAAAGAAGUUUGUAGCCAGAAAGGUUCAAUUUACGAAGGGUGGACAUAUAAAGACUAUCUAACAUUCUGGACCAAGUCCAUUCAUCAAUACAGCAGUGAAAAGGCUCCUGUUAUACUGGUGGGCACUCAUGCUGAAAAAAAGACAAAGGAGGAAAAAGAAAAGUUUUUCCGUGAGAUAUGGACGAGCUUGGAAACAAAGGAUGGGUCUCUGCAAAAACAUAUUGACAGGAAAAGGAUGUUUGCUGUUGGAUUCCAUGAGAAUAAAUGCAUUGAAAAAAUUAAGCUGUCAGUUGUUGAUGUUGUCAAAAACCUUGAUCACUGGGGUGAAAAACUUCCGCACUCCUGGACUAUGUUUGAAAACUUCUUCCAGGAAAAGAAAAACCUUAAAAUCAUCAGCAAAGAGACACUUUUGGCUUUCAAUGAUGCAUUGCCAAUAGAAUUAAAGUUGGGAACACAAGAAGGUAUUAACACCAUGCUGCAGUUUUUCCAUGACAUCAGAGAAAUUUUACACUUUGACCAAGAAUCCCUCAGAGAAAUCAUAAUUCUUGAUGUUCAAUGGUUUGCAGAUGCAUUCAAAAAUAUAAUUACAGAUAAAAACCAUGCAGCAGAGGAUUUAUUUAAGCUUGCCUCACAAUGGGAUAAAUUUAAUGAAACUGGAGAACUGAGUGACGCACUGCUGUCUGCGAUAUGGGAAAUGAACAACAAUGGGUACCUUGAUCACAAAGAUAAUAUCAUGUGCUACAUGGAAAAGCUUGGUCUCUCGGCUAAAAUGGAUGAAAACAAAUGGUAUGUCCCCUGUAUGAACAAGAAACCAUUUCCUGCGGAAUGCUUUUCAUCCUACCCUGCCUCAUCCAUCCUCUGCUACGUGUUUGAUGCUCUUCCUGCUGGAAUUUUCCAGCGCCUGAUAGCUAUUUGCAUCCAAAUACCAUGGAAACUUAAUUCAAGUCGUGAUGAACUAUGCAUUUACCAGACAGUAGCUGUGUUUCGUUUUGAGAAUCAUAACAUUCUGAUUGGUAUGACACCAACAGAAAUUCAUUCACAAGUGUUUGUAAUUGAAGGAGAAGUCGAUAAAUCUAUAUGUCAACAAAUAAAGCACAAGAUAGACAAUAUACUGAACAUUCUCUCAGAAACAUUUCAUGCAGACUCUAAAUUUGCUCACGCUUUCAAAUGCAAAGCUACGGGAUUCUGUGAUAACAAUGAAAGUUCUGUGAUCCCACAAUCAGAAUUUAUAAAACUUAAUUUUCAGUGCCCUGCCUGUCCAAUUGGGAGAAUGCAUAACAUCAACUCAAAGGAUAUCACGAAAUUUUGGAUCCAGGUACAUGACGAUGAAGCUGAGCUUUCGGAAGGUAAAAGUAUAGAUGAAAGUUCACAGUCAGGGAGUUCUGGACCAAGUGAUUCACAUCCUAAAGAUAAUUUUGACAAGAUAUUUAAGUUGAUACAAGUUGGAACUGAUGCAAUUAGAAUCUGCUUUGAUAAAUUCUUCCCAAAAGAGGAUUUAGAAAAGACUCUGAAAGAAAACGAAACAGACAUAAGAAGAGGACAGUUCCGAUUCCAACCACCUCAACUAGAGAUUCUCUUCCCAAAGCAAGGAGGAUCCAACACUAGUGUAUCAUCUUUAUCUAUGGACGUUACCAUUAUGUAUAAAUUGUUGAGGAAUUUCUCGGACAUUGCUCCCCCAGGAAAUGGAUGGGGAAAAGAACCUAGAAUAGUGGACAUCACAGAGAGUGACGACAUAGAAAGAAUCCGUUUAUAUAGAAAUAAAUACAGCCAUGAUCCAGGGAGUAGCCCCGUAAUGAGUGAUGAUGUUUUUAACAUAAUCUGGGCUGAUCUUUCUAAGGCCAUUCUAAGACUCAGUGGUGAUGUUUUAAAGAGAAGGAUAAGUGAAAUAUAACUGAAUGGAUAUUAAAAUUUACAAUAUAAACGUGACAACAACAAAUAUUUCUAUGAGAAAAAACAGUGUCUUUAUGGUGAUAUUUAGUCACAUUUAUUGUAAAAAUUGUGCAAUAUUUUAUAGUGUUGA